AUGUCACCCUCACCCGCCAAGAAGCAGAAAUUGUCGGCAAAUGCCAAUGAGCACCUCGAACAGGAGCCUCAUGAGAUGUCUGAAAUCGCUGGGGAGGCGGACGGAGAUCCCUACCCCCGGGGCACCGACCACGAGAGUCGGGGGAAACACGACACAACCACUACUCACGAGGACGAGGAGGAGGAGAAGCAAAAGGAUGGCGGCGAGUGGCGUGACCAGCCGCCUUAUCGCACCUCGAAUGAGAAUGAGCAUUUUGACAAGAAGCACACAGCCGAGUGCAACUGUGGGAGGAUCAGAUAUUGGCUUAGUCGCGACGCCCCAAUCGCCAGCAAGUACUGCCACUGCAAGGACUGCCAGAGUUUGCAUGGUGCUCCCCUGCAGUGGGCGGCCAUCUUCAAAAAGGAAGACCUACACUUUGAGAACGGCGCCAAGGGGCUGGCCUUUUACCACUCUGAGAAGAAGCACACUUAUCAUGAUCUCCCCUGCAAAGUGAGCUGCGCAUAUUGCCACGCACCCAUCAUGGACGAGGGGCGAAACAUGGUUCUCAUGUUCCCUGCCAUUAUCAAGUUCAAAAACCAAGAAGCAAAGAAGAGCUUCGAGCCGACGUAG